GUCAGUUGGUAAAGGGACACACCCAAAGCCGGAAGUACAAUCGUUUGAGAAUUUAUCGCUGCUGCUGUCUCCUGUCGCUCUAAUACUUUCAAACACUACGGGUGACAUUAUCUGACAGAGAGAGAGAGAGGGAAUUAGGCCUCUUUGGUUUUUUUCUUAAAGAGAGCCGAUAGAUACAACUUUUGGUAUGUGGCUCCGCAUUGGACUGAUGUCGGCGGUGUUGAUCCAAACCCUGCACAUGAUCAACGCACAAGACUGUGCAUCCAAGUUCCGAAACGGCAAGAAAGACUUUGUUGUCGACCUUCAAGCUUCUGUGGAAAGGGGCGCUGAGCUCAUCGCUUCUUCGCAGGUUACCAACGCCGAGGACUGUAUGGAAACUUGUUGCCUGCUUCCCCAGUGUAAUGUAGUGCUGGUGGAUGAGAGGAACUCGGGCCGCAGCACCUGCUCCCUCUUCAACUGCCUCUACAAGAAGGGCUAUGCCUGCAGGUUCGUCGGAAAGAAAGGCUUCAGUAGUUUUGUUCUCGACUCCGUCUACCAGCAGCACCUGGAUGCGCCCGAGGCCGAAGGGCCGAGUGCGGGCCCCGUGGCAGUGGCGGGCCGCAACGUAGUGGUCCGGCCGGGGGAAGAGGUCACACUGAGGGGCGUGGAGAGCCGGGCCCCGGAGGACGCCACCAUCACCAGCUACAGGUGGAGCAUCAAGAAGGGGAACCCCUCCGUGAAGAUGACGCCCACUGGUGACCAGCUGCGGGUGUCCAACCUGGUCGCCGGGACCUACGACUUCACGCUGCAUGUCACCGACUCCAACGGCCAAUCAGACGACGCCACGGUCAACAUCCAGGUCCUGAACCAGGAAGAGUCUGACAUGUACUGCCUGGUGGCGAAGGAGGUGGGACUGUGUCGCGCAAGUUUCCCUCGCUGGCACUACAACGCCGCCACGGCCCGCUGUGAGGAGUUCGUCUAUGGGGGAUGCAAAGGAAACAAUAACAACUUCCUGUCUGAGCAGGAGUGUGGUAAAGCCUGCGCCAACGUCAAAGCACCCACUGGAAGAUCUGUUACUCUGCCAGGCAAGGAGGACUGCACCGCCCCGUGUGGGGACGAAGAGUUUCAGUGUGCGAGUGGCUGCUGCAUCGACCGAUCGCAGGAGUGUGACGGCCAGGCGCAGUGCACCGACGAAUCGGACGAGUCCCGCUGCGCCCAGCUCAAUGAGACGUUCUCCAGUCUUCUGGAAGUGAGUUUUGCCGACCACCUGGCAUUCUGCACCGAGCCGCCCAAAGUAGGUCCUUGCUAUGAGAACCAGUCGGCCUGGUACUACAACCCCAUCCAGCAGCAGUGUCACCCCUUCAUCUACAGCGGUUGCCAAGGCAACGACAACCACUUUGAGUCGAAGGACGAAUGCGAGAAAAGCUGCCAUGGAGUGACAAGGUCGGCCCUCUUCGCCCCGGGAAGGUUUGAGGAGCUGGAGGGGAGUGAUUCAGGCUCCAUCGCCAUAGCCAUUGUGCUGGCGGUGUCCAUUUUGGCGCUGCUGGCGGUGCUGGCCUUCUUCUUCCUGAAAGGACAUAAGAAGGGCGCCCACCAGCCAGUCGCCACAGCGCCUCCACUGUCCGGCGAAGGUGGCGAAGAUGACACUGUGGUGUACCGCAGUACCACCAAACCUGUUUGACCUACAUUCACUCACUCACGUACUCACAAACUCACACUAUUUCUCACAUUUCCAACUUUUAUUCAGAAGAGGGCGUCACUUCAAUUCAAAGACUUUUUAGUUUGUGGAAACUGAAUCUCGGUGGAGAGCACUGACGCUAGCUUCUCUCAGUCCUUCGGGCUAACAGUAUGUAGCACCAGCUAACAUGACAUCUUACACCUGUUUUGGUGUGUGCCAACACUUUGUGGCCUUUUUUUGUUUUGUUUUAUGAUAUAUUUAUAAUUUGUGUUUUUAAUGGUUAUGGACAGUCUGAUGGUUUUAGAAAUGGGAAUGAGCUUUUAUAGGAGGAAUUUUUAACAAUAUUAUUGUAAAUAUGUUUGAUAUAAUCUAGUAUUUGUUGUUGCUGCCAUUUGUGUCAUCAAUUCCUCCAUAGAUGUUUUUGUGUUAAAUGUCCAAUGGCAUGAAAAUGUCACUUUAUGAGGUAUUCUAACAUUAAUAUGAGUACCCCUAGCCUGAGUGGCGAAGUCAUGCCCCUUCCGGUAGAGCCCAUGGGACCUAUGACAUCAUAAAAUAUGAAUGGGUUUCAAUGGAGAGAAAUUAAUUAUUUUCUGGUCCCAGUCUUUAAAUGCCCCAGAUUACAUAUAUGUUGUUUGUGGAUUUAAAUGAAAUUUUUCAUGUCAA